AAAUGGAAAAAGAGCAGAGGACGGAAGGCAGGCGCAGAGGCGAGGACUUGGCGUGCGGAGCCGCGCGGCUGCCAGCGAGCGACAGCACCACAGCCGAAGCCUGAGCGCCGAUGCGGAGGCGGAGGGGGGGGCCGACGGCGUCUAGAGGAGGAGAAGCCAAAGAUGUUGACCAGAAAGAUUAAACUCUGGGACAUUAACGCCCACAUCACCUGCCGCCUGUGCAGCGGGUACCUCAUCGACGCGACCACAGUGACCGAGUGCCUGCACACCUUCUGCCGGAGCUGCCUGGUCAAGUACCUGGAGGAGAACAACACCUGCCCCACCUGCCGGAUCGUCAUCCACCAGAGCCACCCGCUGCAGUACAUCGGUCAUGACAGGACCAUGCAGGACAUUGUUUACAAGCUGGUUCCAGGCCUGCAGGAGGCGGAGAUGAGAAAACAGAGGGAAUUCUACCACAAGCUGGGCAUGGAGGUGCCUGGAGACAUCAAGGGGGAGACCGGCUCUGCCAAACAGCACCCUGACCCCCAUCGGAACGGUGAAACCAAAGCGGACGAGAGUCCGAACAAGGAGGCGGCCGAGGAGAAGCAGGAGGAGGACAACGAUUACCACCGGAGCGACGAGCAGGUCAGCAUCUGUCUGGAGUGCAACAGCAGCAAGCUGCGCGGCCUGAAGCGCAAGUGGAUCCGCUGCUCCGCCCAGGCCACCGUGCUGCACCUGAAGAAAUUCAUCGCCAAGAAGCUCAACCUCUCGUCCUUCAACGAGCUGGACAUUUUAUGCAACGAGGAGAUCCUGGGCAAAGACCACACGCUCAAGUUUGUGGUCGUCACGAGGUGGAGGUUCAAGAAGGCACCGCUCCUGCUGCACUACAGACCCAAAAUGGACCUGCUGUGACGCCGCGGCGGGCACAGGGCCCCACGCCCGGGGAGGGGCCGCGGGGGUCCUGGGGACCGGACUUCUGCACAGAGAGUAUUUAUCACUUUUGUACGAGAGAAUUCGCACUCAACAAGACACUACCAGCAGCACGGAGACAAGGUGGUGGCACCGCCACAGGCCCCCGCCACUGACCCGCCCAGCCGCACCCCUCGGCUCCGCGGACCAGAGCUCGCGCCGGUUGCCCUUGACACGCGGCCCCUGCCUGCCUUCCAGGUCUCAGAACCACAGCGUUUCGGUUUAGUUGAUGAAUUAGGUUUCAGGAUGCGCCUCAAAAUACUUGUAUGUGUGUUGAAUCCUUCCUAAGUUAUUGAAAAAGUAUCUUUUCAUGGUGAAUGACGAUAUUUAUGUUGCCUUUAGCUUCCCGAAGGCUUAGAAGAUCUAUAAAAAAUUAAUUUAAAAGCGUACCAAAAGCGGCUGCCAGUCCCGUUCCACGUCCACCGUGGCGUGUCCCGCCCCCGCUGUGACGCCCCCGCCCCCCGCCGCCGGCAGUGCUAGCACCUGGGACCUGGCGCGGGUUUGCAGGGCGAUCCUGUUAAAAAUCGCUUUUAUCAUCAGACGGGCUCCAGCCAUUCGGUGCUGCCGCUGAAUGCUCCGCCCACUGUCCCCCUUUUCACUUUGCUGUAGAGGAAGCCGGUGGCCUUUCGGGGAUUUCCCGGCAGAUCCGGGUCCCCACCACAUCACCCACCCUUCGGAGGGUGACACGGCCCGGCGCCCUCGGCGCCGCGGUCGGUGGGGGAGGCUCUUGCUGAGGCCCCAGGACCGGAGCCGAGGUGGCGGCCGCAGCCGCUGACAACCAGAGCCACAGGCAACACACACUUUCUAACCCUUUCACCUCUGAACGUCAAUAUUUCUGUGGAAUUAGAGAAUAAACUUUGCCAGCACGUAAACGUGUCCCUUUAAAGUGGUACCUUGGAAUGUGUGACGCGGGAUUGAGGAGAAAGGCCGAUCUCAGUGGCGACAGCGUCGUCCUGGGCUUGGCCGUCACGGCCGCCUCCGGCCCCGGCCUCAGGCCAGGCUCCCGGCUGCGUUUCAGUUCAGUCGCUGGUUCCUGAAUCGGCUCCGGAAGCUCCGCUUGGGCGCUCUGACCUGCUUCCCGCUCUACGCGCAUAGACGUCGGAAGCAGUUACCAAAGAGCCCUAACCGUGGAGAACGCGUUCAGGUUCAUUCAGCCCAAGCGGUUGGAGCGUCAGGCCCUUGUUAGGAAUCGGUCGGAAUUCACUUUUUGUUUCAGUCCCUGACCUCCCAGCUCCGUGUGGACGGUCCCGUGACCCGAGCCUGCUGUUCGUUCAUCCAGAUUGUUCUCAGUGACCCUCCGAGGGGUUAGCGAGUCGAUGUGUGUGAGUAAAUAUGACCUGUCUACCUCAAAACGCACAUCGCUGCUGACGCGGCUGUCUGGCCACGGAGGGGCACGGGGCGGCCGCAGCGUGACCUUAGAUGCAGGGAUUUCCCGCGUGGCGCAGGGGGUGAACAGGUGAGCAUCCGAAUGCAGACGAAACCGGUUCCAGCUCAGACUCAACCAAAUGUGUCUGUAACAAUCUCCCGAUGUAUAUUUGUAACUUUGUAGCUCUCUUUGAAAUCACUUGAAUUUGCUAUGGUGCUAAGUUGAUACAUUUAAAUACACAGAGAGAUGGAGGAAGGUGGGCGCAUGGGCGUCACAGCCGGCCGCCCACCGCUCUGGUGUGACCCCGCUUUUGUAACCGCGUCAACCGGAUGAAACCUCAGCAGCAGAAGUACCUAUUUUUCUAAGAUGUCCUCGUGCAGACUGUUCGCCCACAGGACGUGGCCCGCGGCAGCCGCCGGGGCGGCCGCGUGGGGGCGCCUUCCCUCGGCCGCCGGCGCUGGGCCGGACCGGCGACGCCGGGAGGAGCUGCGGGGGCGUCGCCGUGAAGUCGCGCUCGCGCGUCGGAGCUGCUGGGGCCCGCGCCCGCCGCAGCCUGGGACUCACCGGACGGUUUUCAUGAGAACAGAGAAUUCAGAUAGAAUAUAUAAUAUGGAAUUUAAGAUUUGGGGGGUUAAAAAAGAAAACUUAACUUUAUAAAAUUAUUUAUUCUAUUUUAAGCCUUCUAUCAUAUUUUCCCAUCCAGUGUUUGGUGCCCGUGGUCCAGCUUGAUUUACAGGCAUAUAAAUGAAAUCGAGGCGUUCUGCAAGCUUCUUCUCUUUUCUUUGAGUAGUUUUAACCUGUUUGUUUUCGUUUAUUCAGAAGAAGAGCAUUGUUGAUGCUUUUUAUGCUUUUGUGCAAUAGGCUCCGACAUGCACCAUCAGGCGUCUGUGUAAGUUGUAAGUAGCAUCUUUCCGCUACGUUGAAAGGUAAUGUGGGUGGAAUUUCAAAAUCAGUACAUUGCGCUCUUCGGUUUUUUCUUUUCCAUUGUUAUGAUAAGAAUGCUGUUCUCGGGAUUGUGCCUGUCGGCAACAGUUACACCACCUGCCGCGGCAGGCGGCGGAGUCGGGGCGCGCGGCCCCGGGGUCUCCCGGCCUGGACCCCGGCGCGCAGGCCCCGGGCG